UUUCAAGAAUGGGAAACAAUCAUGAAAAAUUCUUUUCUAAAGAAAAACGAAAACUCCUUAUUUUAGGACUUACUGGAGUAGGAAAGUCAAGUAAAAUACACCAAUUCCCAUAUAGCACUGAUAAAAACUUUGAACCAAGGAAAUUAUUAAGAUAAGAAGGAAGAUUUAUAAAUUAUUGACAUCAAAUUAAAAAACAUCACACUUUGUGCUUUUGAUAUGGGAGGAAGUGAAAGAUAGAGAAUAUUUUGGAGACAAAACUUCUAUGGAAGUUAAGGAGUGAUUUAUGUUAUGGAUGGCAAUAUUGAUAUCUAAAAGGCAUUAUUGGAAUUAGAAAAAAUUGUGAUUGACACAGAUCUCAAAGAUGUAUAAAUCACUAUUUGAUAUUAUUAAGACUCCUAUUGCAGUAUUUGUGAAUCAAAAUGGAAAAGAUAAUCAUUUUGACACUACAAAAGAAUUCUUAAAGUAUAUUUAUUUAAUAUUCCAUUUAAAGAAAUAAGCCAGGAAAGGUAAAUGUGUUCAAAGGAAGUACAUUAGAAUUAAAGGAUAUUAUGAGUUGUAUUGAGUGGCUUGGUAAAGAAAUGAAACCUAUUUGAAUUAUUUAUUUUUAUUAAUGUUUGAGGAUGAUAAUAAUAACAAUUUUGAUUAGCUUAAUUAUAG